AUGGUUGGGGAAAUAGAUUCGGUUCCUGAUAAUACAGUUGUGGUCGAUAAUGAGAUUAAAGAGAUCAAAGAUAAAUCUUAUUGGCAAGAACGUAAGAAAAGGUUUAUCUUAACAGAGGAUCCUAAGAUAGCCAAACAAAAUGAUAAAAAUGACACGUACAAUAGGUUUAAACAUCUUUUAGAGAUAACCGAUCUAUUCAGGCAUUUCAUUAGUAUGAGAGCAAAACAGGAUAAAAAUAUACAAAAGCUAUUAAAAGGCAUCGAUAGUGACAAUGCUAAAAGGAAGAGUAAUUCGGAAGAAGGCUCACGUCAUCAUAGGAAAUCAGAAAAGGAGGAAGAUGCUGAAUUGAUGGCAGAAGAAGAAGGCGAAGGUCUAGAGUUGGAUGAUACCACGUUUGUAACGGAGUCACCUUCAUAUGUUAAGUCAGGUAUAUUAAGAGAUUAUCAAAUUCAAGGUUUAAAUUGGUUAAUCUCAUUGCAUGAAAAUAACCUAUCUGGUAUUCUUGCCGAUGAAACGGGUCUAGGUAAAACCCUACAAACAAUUUCUUUUUUGGGUUAUUUAAGAUAUAUUAAAAAGAUCGAUGGUCCCUUCCUUGUAAUUGUACCGAAGUCGACAUUAGAUAAUUGGAGACGUGAAUUCAAUAAGUGGACACCGGAAGUGAAGGCUGUUGUUUUACAUGGUGAUAAAGAAACAAGAAAUACUCUAUUACAAGAUGUCAUAUUAGAGGCAAAAUUCGAUGUCCUUAUCACAUCAUAUGAAAUGGUCAUAAAGGAAAAAAGUACUUUAAAGAAAAUUGCAUGGUAUUACAUUGUCAUUGAUGAAGCACAUCGUAUUAAAAAUGAACAGAGUGCCCUUUCCCAAAUCAUUAGACUUUUUUACUCCAAGAAUAGAUUAUUGAUCACAGGUACUCCAUUACAAAAUAAUUUACACGAACUAUGGGCCUUAUUGAAUUUUCUGUUACCUGAUGUAUUUGGUGAUGCAGCUCUAUUCGAUGAGUGGUUUGAACAGAACAACAAUGAUGAAGAUCAAGAAGUCGUCGUUCAGCAAUUGCAUUCUGUUUUGAAUCCAUUUUUACUAAGAAGAAUAAAAGCUGAUGUAGAAAAGUCAUUACUUCCAAAAAUUGAAACAAAUUUAUAUGUUGGUAUGACACAAAUGCAAAGAAAAUGGUAUAAAUCCUUGCUGGAAAAGGAUAUUGAUGCAGUUAAUGGUGCUGUCGGAAAAAGAGAAGGUAAAACUAGGCUGCUUAAUAUCGUAAUGCAGCUACGUAAAUGUUGUAAUCAUCCGUACUUAUUUGAAGGUGCAGAACCAGGACCCCCAUAUACUACAGAUGAACAUUUGGUCUUCAAUUCAGGUAAAAUGAUUAUCUUGGAUAAACUAUUGAAAAAACUGAAGGAAUCGGGGUCUCGUGUCUUGAUUUUCAGCCAAAUGUCUAGAUUACUGGAUAUUCUCGAGGAUUACUGUUACUUUAGAGGUUACAAUUAUUGUAGAAUAGAUGGUUCUACUUCUCAUGAAGAACGUAUUGAAGCGAUCGAUGAGUAUAAUGAGCCAGAUUCAGAUAAAUUUGUAUUUUUAUUGACCACUCGUGCAGGUGGUCUUGGUAUUAACUUAGUCACUGCUGAUACCGUUGUACUAUAUGAUUCAGAUUGGAACCCUCAGGCAGAUUUACAAGCUAUGGACAGAGCUCAUAGAAUUGGUCAAAAGAAACAAGUGCAUGUUUACAGAUUUGUAACAGAAAAUGCUAUUGAAGAAAAGGUCAUUGAACGUGCGGCACAGAAAUUAAGAUUAGAUCAACUGGUUAUUCAACAGGGUGCUAGUAAAAAGACUGCUAAUUUAGGUAACAAUAAAGAUGAUUUGAUCGAAAUGAUUCAAUAUGGUGCUAAAGAUGUUUUUGAUAAGAAUGAUGAUUCUGUUACAACUAAUAUUGAUAUCGAUGAGAUUUUACAAAAGGGUGAACAGAAAACAAAGGAACUGAAUGCAAAAUUC